GUUAUGUCCAAGAUGAUGACCUGAAAGAUGAGGAAGACAUAAAAGAGGAGGAAGAGGAUGAUGAUGAGAGCAACUCAACGGCUCAUCUUCAGGGCAGCAAUGACCCAGGAACAGAUGAAGAACAUGACAUGGCCCCUGAUCCAAGAGGAAGCUUCAGCUACCAGAAUUCCCCAGGAAGUCAUCUCUCCAAUCAGGAUGUGGAAAAUGAAUCGCUGCUGAGCGAUGCUAGUGACCAGGUGGCAGACAUUAAAAGCCUUUGCUCCAGGGAGGCACAGGACUCCAAAGGCAAUAUUCAUCCCAAGCACCCAAGUGAAGCGCAUAGCUGCAUGGAUAAAAUGACCGCUGUCUAUGCUAAUAUCCUUUCGGAUUCUUAUUGGACAGGUUUGGGGCUGGGGCUCAAGCUGUCCCCUUCUGAUAAGAGGGGAUGUGAUAAUAGAAACGGAGCAAGCAAAAGUGACUUUGAUUGGCAUCAGGAUGCACUGACCAAAAGCUUGCAGCAGAGUUUACCAGCUCGGCCCCUGUCCAAGCCAAACCUUUUCAGCUCCGUCCAGCUGUACAGGCAAAGCAGCAAAAUGUGUGGAACUGUAUUCACAGGUGCUAGUAGGUUCCGGUGUAGGCAGUGCAGUGCUGCCUAUGAUACUCUCGUUGAGCUUACCGUCCAUAUGAAUGAAAGUGGCCAUUACCAAGAUGACAACCAUAAAAAAGACAAGCACAGGCCUACCAGCUAUUCCAAGCCCCGCAAAAGGGCCUUCCAGGACAUGGAUAAAGAAGAUGCUCAGAAAGUUCUGAAAUGUAUGUUCUGUGGUGACUCUUUUGACUCUCUUCAAGACCUAAGCGUUCAUAUGAUCAAAACAAAACAUUACCAAAAAGUGCCUUUGAAGGAGCCGGUACCUACCAUAUCUUCCAAAAUGGUAACUCCAAAUAAGAAACGUGUGUUCGACAUUAAUAGGCCUUGCUCUCCAGAUUCAACCACUGGUUCCUUUGCGGACACCUUUUCUUCUCACAAGAAUGCCAAUCUGCAGUUAUCAUCUAACAAUCGUUAUGGCUACCAGAAUGGUGCCAGCUACACAUGGCAGUUUGAAGCAUGCAAAUCACAGAUUCUCAAGUGCAUGGAAUGCGGGAGCUCACACGAUACUUUGCAGCAACUCACAACCCACAUGAUGGUCACAGGUCACUUCUUGAAAGUCACAAGCUCAGCUUCCAAGAAAGGGAAACAACUUGUUUUGGAUCCCCUGGCUGUGGAAAAAAUGCAGUCGCUUUCUGAUGCAUCAGGCAGUGACAGCCAGCAUUCGAAACCCUCCAGUAAUUCAUCAACUGAUUCUGCAGCUCCUGCUUCAGAGCUAAAAAAAGAAAGUAAGCAAAAUAAAUCUGAGGAAGUGAACAAAGAUGAAAAAGUGGUAAAAAAUGAAGACUAUGAAGACGCUCUUCAAAAACCACUGGACCCAACAAUGAAAUAUCAGUAUCUCCGGGAGGAAGAUUUAGAAGAUGCUUCAAAAGGUGGUGGAGACAUUUUGAAGUCUUUGGAAAACACUGUCACCACAGCCAUCAAUAAAGCUCAGAAUGGAGCACCCAGCUGGAGUGCGUAUCCCAGCAUCCAUGCAGCGUACCAGCUCUCAGAAGGAACAAAGCCUUCCCUACCUGUGGGGUCUCAAGUUCUGCAGGUUCGACCAACAGUCACUAAUAAACUGAGGCCUAUUGCUCCAAAGUGGAAAGUGAUGCCUCUAGUGCCCGUGUCAGCUAACAUAGUCCAGUGCACUCAAUUGAAAAAAGAAGGAGACACCAAAAAGGAAGCUCAUAAGGACUACAUUAAAGAUGGCAACAAGACAGACUUGGGCCCUGCAUAUCAAAAUGAAGGAGACUCUCCUCCUCAGGCUGAAAUGUGCGUAGAGCCCAAAAAAUCAGAGCUAAGUCCUUUGAAGGAGGAACACAAGACAAAGGAAGAGGAAGAAAAAAUAAAUACAAAGGAAUCCGUGACAUCUCUCAGCAAUGGAUGCACCCCUGGGAACCACUCUUCAGAGCUGCCUGGCUUAAAUCCACUCAGUGCCCUGCAGUCUGUGCUGAACAACCAUCUGGGCAAAGCAAAUGAGCCUUUGCGACCUCAGUCAAACUCCAGCCCCAGUUCAAGUUCAACAUCUUUGUUCCACAAACCAAAUUUAAAUAUAAUAGAGAAGCCUGUUCUGUCUCCUGCUUCAGCGCCAGCAAAACCUGCAAGUGUUACAUCCAGGCAUUAUGUGUUUGAGAGCAACGAUCAGCCAAUUGACCUGACCAAAUCAAAGAAUAAGAAAGGGGAAUCUGUUCAGGCUCAAUCUUGCACUUCCCCACCUCAGAAGCAUGCUUUGUCUGACAUUGCAGACAUGGUGAAAGUUCUUCCCAAAGCAACAACUCCCAAACCUGCUGCUUCAUCCAGAAUCCCAUCAAUGAAACUGGAAAUAGAUGUUCGGCGUUUUGAAGAUGUCUCAACAGAAGUCUCCACUUUGCAUAAAAGAAAAGGAAGGCAGUCCAACUGGAAUCCUCAGCAUCUCCUGAUUUUGCAAGCGCAAUUUGCAUCCAGUCUCUUCCAAACAUCGGAGGGUAAAUAUUUAUUGUCAGAUCUGGGCCCUCAAGAACGUAUGCAGAUCUCCAAGUUUACUGGGUUGUCCAUGACUACCAUCAGCCAUUGGUUGGCAAAUGUCAAGUACCAGCUCAGAAAAACUGGGGGGACAAAGUUUUUGAAAAACAUGGAUAAAGGACACCCCAUCUUUUAUUGCAGUGACUGUGCAUCUCAGUUUAGAACCCCAUCAACAUAUAUCAGCCAUUUAGAAUCCCAUCUAGGUUUCCAAAUGAAGGACAUGAACAAGCUGGCCGUGGAGCAGCAAACCAAGGUAGAGCAAGACAUUUCCAGAAUUUCAGUUCAGAGAUCUCCUGAAACAAUAGCUGGAGAAGAGGACACAGACUCUAAGUUCAAAUGUAAGUUGUGCUCUCGGACAUUUGUGAGCAAACAUGCUGUAAAACUUCAUCUAAGCAAAACACACAGCAAGUCACCAGAACAUCAUUCACAGUUUGUAGCAGAAGUGGAUGAAGAAUAACUCCUAAGGUAUGCAUGCCUUAACUGCAAAAGAAAAAAAAGUGUUUUAAUAUGAUGUUGAUCAAAGGAGGGCUCUUAAAGCACUUCUGCUUUAUUUAAAAAAAAAAAAAAGAAACUAUUAUGUUCCAGGAUGCCAAUUUCUUUCCAAACACUGGCUUCUCUGUCUGUAAUUGUUGCAUGAUGGGACAAAUUUUGCAUGGACAGCUGCUUCCAUCAGCCUGUUUCCAUGAUGGAAAAACCUUUACUCUUUGCAUUUUUCCCAGUCAUGUGCUCUUAAAGGCAAAGAAACCUCUGCCAAGACAAGAUUUGGCACUCUUGCUUGCUAUUGAUACCAUGUUCCUAUUUAGCUAACCUAACCCUGUAAUCCUUCAAUAGAAAAGCAAAGCAUGCUGGACAUUUCAUUCUAAUGGUCCCCAAUGAAAUUGUGUUUGCUUAUAGUAUUUGAAGCAACUAUGUCCCCCUUUUGUCUGAGCACAACAGCAAGAGUCACUACAAACUGAUGUUUCAGUGUCCAGUUUUCAAUAAUGGGAUUCCUCUGCUUAAUUUUAAUACCUUAUGAAUUCAAGAGCCUUUUGUUUCUCCUUUCACUGCUCAUUGCUGGUGAAAUAUCAAGCCUGUUUUGGGGAUUGCUGCCUAGAACCUAUGGAUCAACAAGAACAGUCUUGUCCUUCUACUUUCUUUGGAUACAAGGUUAUUAAGAGGAUCCAAAAGUCAGUGGUAGAGAUAAGUCCCAGUGUGAGGUUCAGCCCCUGCUAUCUCCAGCUGAUGUGUCUCAUCAGAUCAUAACUCUCGGAAAGGCAUUCUCAACAGGCAAGGCUGAAUCGCAUUUGCAAAGCUGUUGCCAGUCUGAUAGAUUCAAACAUAUGUUUUCACCUCCAGAUUUCACCAGCCAUUAGGAUGAUAGUGGUCAGAUAUGACCCAAAGACAUUCAAAAACCCAACCUAUAGCUAUCAGGGAAUACUCCAAAACAGUUUUCUUCUUCUCUUUUUCAUCUUCUUUACUUUAAGAUCCCCUAAUCUAGGGUUAGGCAACAUUUUUGGGCUGGGGGCAAAUGGUGAUAGCAUGUGGUAGGCACAUUCACAAAAUGGCUGCCAUGAGAGAUUGGUCUUUUCGUAAAAUGGCUGCUAUGACAGGGAUGGAGAGUCCCAUGAAUCCAUUCACUAGAAGGUAAUUAGCAAUGAACAGGUUCUUGCGGGACCCAAAGGUAUUCCUAUAAAUAAUUAUUAUGCUAGAGGCUGGUGUUUUGCUUUGCAGCAUGUUCAUCUUCUAUUAAAUUUAUUUUAUCAAAAUAUUCUUUUUUUAAAAAAAAAGAAAAAUCACAUGGGAUAGGCAGCUUAACAGGGACCAAGGGAUGCAUCUGUAGUCAUGCUGGUAUCUGGAGGCAACACACGGAUUAUCCUGAUUUAAUAGGAAACAACUGGUGCUCAGCUGAUUGGAAAGUGGUAUCAGUCUACAGUCUGCUUCAAAAGUACAGAGAAGGGAAACACAAGUUACUGUAUUUAUUUAGACUGUGCAAAUGUUCAUUGCAUCAAUUCAAAUUACCAAGUCUGAUGAUUCAGUGUGUGAACUUGAUUCAGAUUGAAUCAAAGAAUACAAUUCGAUUUGGGGGAUAAAAAAGUUUUCUGCACAUGCACGGUCAGAUUUCUGACCCAGUUCAUACUUUCAGAUUUCAAACUCCAUUUGUUUGUUCAAACUGAUUCAACAAUUCAGAUUGAAUUGAGCUUAUUCUUUGAAUUGAUUUGACAAAUCAGAGCAGACCCUCUUUGCACAGGCCUAAUAUUUAUUAGGUUUUAUAGUGCUUUUCUACGUCUGACAUGCUUUAGCAUAAAAUAAAAACCAAUCAAAAACAAAACAGUAAAAUACUGUAAUAAUAAUAAAACUACUUGAAUAUCAAUUUCUCGCACUUCUUGCUAUUGUCCUCCAGGGAGAGAUGCAUAUUACUCCCCUUCUCUGUAUAAUACAUGGAAGCACAAAGAGAGAAAAUACAAAAUAAUACACUUCUUCCUUCUAGGUGGCUUCACUUAACUGAAAUGUACCUGCAGACCCUCCUGUUAGGGCUUCCGCAGGCCUCGGAAAGCCUGCGGGUUCUCAUCCCUUGCCUAGAUUCCCAAAUGCAACUGAGAACUUGAACAAAUCCUUUAUUUUCCUUGCAUGUUUGUUUGAUAUUUGCCACCUACGCUGCUCUUCACACUCAGGUAGAGGAAAAGAAAAAACACCGAGGUUUUUCACAGUCUUCAAUUUGGAUAGCCAUAAUUUUCAGAACCUAAAUUCUCUCUGAAGGGAAGCUGAAUCUGUCAAGUAGACCGAAGUUUAUGUUAUACGCUGAAAGUCUGCAUUUCAAAACGCUUGGUUAUUUAGUGAUUCUUCUAGAUAAAUAUAUGGCUUCAUAGAUCCAUUUGUGUAAUAAUAAAUUCCUUUGUCACAUACAAAUGCACACAGAAGUCUCCCUCUUUAAUUAUUUUGGCUGAUCUGAGUGCUCUUUGAAGUUUCUUUCUUCCUUUGUAAUCGGGUAGAAACAAAUCAGCACAUUGUUUAAUAGCAACCUGGAGUGUGAAAACUUCUUGAACAGUGAGC